AUGGAUCCUUGGUUUUCCUGUUUGGGAUUCAUUUUCUUCAUUUCCUGCGUUCGAGCGCAGUUUCAUCCCGCUGAACCCUGUGAUCCUGCAAAGUGUCUUCCGCCGAACUGUCGCUGCAGCGAUGAUCGUAAGCCUCCUGGGGGGCUGACUCGUGAGGAAACUCCUCAAAUCAUCAUGGUUACAUUCGACGAUGAUCUAGAAAAGCAAUACUAUGAUCUCUAUAACGAGCUUUUUGACGGCGUGAGUAAUCCCAAUGGCUGCCCUGCCGUGGGAACGCUGUUUAUAUCUCACAACUAUACGGAUUACUUCCUGGUGGAAAGUGCGUAUUCCAGAGGCUAUGAGAUAGCGGACCACACUGUCACGCAUCAGGAGCCAACAACAUACUGGGAACAAGCCGAUUACACCACAUGGAAGAAUGAAAUAGAUGGCCAGAAAGAGAUUUUGCAUCGGUAAGGGAAUGAUUACGAGCUGUUGUAAUAAAACUGUGUCUGACUCAUGGUGGUGUUACUACGACUGUUUUCUGUGAAAUCUGUAAAAUUGCCUGGAAUUUUCUAUAGCUGUACAAUUUUCGAAUCUUAUCUAAUAAAUUGCCCAGGAGUAUUAUUUCUCGUAUAUCACUCAGCCAGGUUGAGCUAUUUUUCGUCGAAAAAGGAAACCUAAAAUUGUCGGAUUCGAAAAUGCUUUGGAGAGAGGAAUCACACUGAAUUCUUACUUUCGUAACUCUUUAAAUUGCACCUAAAUUUUCGGGAAAAUAAUACUGAAGCCCUAGUCAAAAAUGUUUCUUCACUCUUAUACAGUAGGAUGACCGAAGAGAUACAAACUUCCCGGGGGGGUACUCCUGGGAAUUCUUGGAAGGGGUGUGCCGCCCGGUUCCCCAAAUUCUUCACGCUUCACUGAGGCUCAGAAGUCUUUCUUGCAAAACGCCCGAGGAAAGGAGCGGGGCGAGGAGCGAGGAGAGGCUGGAUACUUCGUAUUGGAAUAAGUGUUCCCGGAUUUUCUGCUGAUGUGUGCGGACACCAACUCAAACGAAAGGACCAAGCAAACUGUUCGUAAUAACGAGGUGUCUGUAUUAAGAGGUGCUGUUUUAUACUUUUACUGUGAAACUUUGGUACAGUUCUAUUCUCACACAUUAUUUUAAUUUUGUCCAAAUUUAAAAUUUUGGGUGCGGCCUUCUUGAGUGGAAAUCAUUUAAUACAAAACAGUAAAAAAAGAAAAAGAAAAAGAAAAACACACAAGAAUACUUUACCCCGUCGUUUUGUUUUAAUUGCGAGCCAGUUGCAAUUAUCUCAGAACAAUUACAGUUAGUUGUUAUAAGUCCCUUUUCUCUUUAUACUUUAUCUUUUCUUUCUUGAUGAAGCAGGUGCCUUUAAUAGCCUUUGCUAAUUUAAACGUUCUUUUUUUUCUUUUCUUUGAUAGAUUUGGGAAUAUCCCUUAUGGAGCCAUUAGAGGAUUUCGAGCACCAUUCCUUAUGUUUACCGAGAAUAUGUUCAAGGCUCUAUACAUCAGCAAAUUUACUUACGACCUGUCCUGGCCGGCUAAUAUUAGGUUUGAUGGGCUUGGCCCUAUGUACCCCUACACCCUCGAUUACAAGUCAACUCAGGUUUGCCCUACCAGUCAACAACCAUGCCCAAAAAUGUCCUACCCCGGCCUCUGGGAGAUUCCAAACGUCAAUCUCAUGAACGAAGACCACACUACUUGUGGUUCUAUGAUGGACGCAUGCGAUCCUAACGGCAAUGAAACGGUGUGGUAUGAUAUUCUGGUGAGAAACUUCCACUACCACUACGAUACAAACCGAGCUCCGUUCGGAAUGCAUAUGCACCCGUCGUAUUUCUAUUGGGGCCCUUCGGGUGACCACAUGAACGCCGCCAAGAAAUUUCUCAAGUAUGCCCAAGAUUUGGGUGAUGUCUGGGUUUUGACGGGCUACCAAGUGGUUGCGUGGAUGAAAGAUCCCCAAGAUAUUGCGCAAGCGAAAAGUUUUCCACCAUGGACGUGCCCGACUCGUCCUCCCCCGAGAUGCACGGACUCCACAGCCAACGACUGUCACUACACCAUGCCUAAAGAUUUCUACAUGAAAACCUGCACCGAGUGUCCACCGCAUUUUCCAUCACCUACUAAUCCAGAUGGAAAUUAG